AUGGUGUUAGCACGCACGAACAGCAUGAAUCGGUUGCGAAGAACCGACCUUGUGAAAAAGCGCAAGGAAUGCGUUUACCUGACGCUACACCAGCGAAAAAUCUCUCAAGUCAUGAGCGAAUUCACUGAAAACCCCUUUGCCUCGAGCCAUUCGCUUGAUACGAAUCCCUUUGACGACCCAUCAUCAAAGCAGGCUGCGGAACACGACGCCCAUUCUGAGGAUAUCAGCAGACGAGAACGAGACUUGGAAAGACGUGAGCGCGAACUGAACCAGAGAGCAGAGCAUAUUCGUACCCAUGGACGCAACAAUUGGCCACCAUUUUACCCCCUCAUUUACCAUGCCAUCUCCGAAGAGAUCCCGGAGGCUUCAAGACCUUUGAUCACUCGCUUGUACCAACUUUGGCUUGUCCUUUUUGGGACCCUAAUCAUAAACAUGGUGGCUUGUAUAUUUCUUCUAAUUGCUGGUUCAAGCGAUGGCGGAAAGGACCUCGGUGGAAGUAUAGGAUACGUGUUCAUUAUCGCGCCUCUAUCGUUCUUGUUGUGGUAUAGACCCAUAUAUAAUGGUUAUAUGAAGGUCAGUGUUAUUGCAACAUCCUACAAGCAUGUUCUCAAAUUGACACGUCGUGCAGGAGCAAGCACUUUACUAUUGUCCGUCGAACUAAACUUUGAUCCUCUCGAUCGCGCUAAGCUGCAUUUGAUUUUCAUAGACUUCUAUUUCUUCUUUGGUGGCUUCCACCUUCUCUUCAGCGUUUACAUGAUCAUCGGCAUUCCCAGUACAGGGUCUGCAGGGUUGAUUCAGAUGAUUCAGAUGUACGCGCAAGGCCACUGGGCCGCUGGCAUUCUUGGCACAAUCGCUACAGUUGGCUGGACAGUGCAAGGAUUAGGGAAUGCCUUCUAUUACCAUCAGAUAUGGAACCACCACUCAGCUGCCGGACACACCAUGGACAAGGCUAAAGCAGAGCUGGCUUCUCAUGGCGCGAAGGCUUAUUUCACGCGAGGCUGA